UCCGCUUGGAGAGAAACCAGAGGAAAGGAUUAGCGAAACACCCCAGGACGGACAACGGCAAUAGUUUGACGGCCACUGGCCUUCGGAACCGGUUGUGAGCAGGGACAACCGAUCUCUUGGCUAACUCGUUAUUUUAUCCAGUUUUGAGCUCCAGGUAUGAACUGAGAAUGAAUGUGAACCAGCAGACUCCCAUGGCGUCUCCGUACGGCCCGCCCCAGCCUGGCUAUGGCCAGCCCAGCUACGCUCCCCUGGGAGGGAGCUACCCUGGCCCCUACGGACCCUACAACGGGCCCGCUACAGCCUACCAGCCUGGGGCUCCACCACAAGGCAGGUGCCUAACGCCCCCCUCUCUCUCAGGACCUGCCAGAGGCCCCCCUACCUCUGCCCCCCGUCCAGUCUCCACCCCCCAGGCGUACUCCCAGUAUUCCCAGGGAGACUCUCAGAACGGACCCCCACCUAUGGGUCACUCUAUGGCCCAGCCAGCUCACAGGUCGCCAGUGUCUCAGCCGUAUAGCCAAGGUGCUAUGAACUUGUCCGGGCCACACCCCUCCUACUCCCAGCAGUACGGUGCUCCGCCCCCCAUGCAACAGGUUACCAAUCAGAUGUCAGGGAUGCAGAUCGGGUCCGGUCCCCCCACCUCUGUUGGGCCGGGAUAUGCUCACCAUCCCAGCUCCCAGCCUCCAAUCAGUGCUGCAUACUCCUCUGCAGCCCCACCCUCCUAUACGCAAGCUCCUCCCCCAUUGUCUGCUGCCCCCUCCCAGCCUUCCCCUCCCAGUGAACCUGCAGCCUCCCAGCCGUACUAUGGUGGCCCCCCUCCCCCCCAACAACAACCCUUCCCCUCUGCCCACCAUCCCUCCCAACCCUUCGUCUCCUCCUCUCCAUACUUGGGCCCUCCCAGCCAACCUCAGGCCACUCCAGUCUCCCAACAGCAGUCCUUCCCACCUGGCCCCCCUGCUCAGCAACCCUUCCCCAACUCCGCCCCUCCUCCAGUCUCCCAACAGCAGUCCUUCCCACCUGGCCCCCCUGCUCAGCAACCCUUCCCCAACUCCGCCCCUCCUCCAGUCUCCCAACAGCAGUCCUUCCCACCUGGCUCCCCUGCUCAGCAACCCUUCCCCAACUCCGCCACUCCUCCUGUCUCCCAGGCCUCCUACUCUGGCCCCCCUCCUCCCACCCAGCACUCUUUCCCUCCCUCCUCCCAAUCUGGCCCCUUCCCACCUAUCUCUAUAUCCCCUUCCCAGUACCCAGGUCCACAGCCCCCGUCCCAACCCGGACCCCCUCCCUUCCACUCUGGGCCCUCUCCUCGAGGCCCCAUUCCACCCCCCUCCAUGUCCCAGCAGCAGGCCAAUCACCUUCCCCCCGGCCCCAUGCAGCAACAGCAGCCUCCUCAGCCUGGCAUGCAGGGAGGAUACCCAACCCACCAGAAUGGUGCGUUUGGGCAGCCUAGAGGGCCCCAGCCCGGUUAUGCAGGCCCGCAAUAUCCCGGGCAACAGAACUACGGAGCAGGCCCUGCCCCUGCACCCGCUCCCCCUGCACAGAAGAGACUGGACCCUGAUUCCAUCCCCAGCCCGAUUCAGGUGAUUGAGGAUGACCGGGUCAACAAGAGCAGUGAGCCGUUCACCACUGGGGUCAAAGGUCAGGCUCCACCCCUGGUCACCACCAACUUCCAGGUGAAAGACCAGGGCAAUGCCAGCCCGCGGUUCAUCCGCUGUACAGCCUACAACAUGCCCUGCACCGCUGACAUGGCCAAACAGUCCCAAGUCCCCUUGGCCGCUGUAAUCAAACCCCUGGCCAUGCUGCCCCCCGACGAGACCCCUCCGUACAUUGUGGACCAUGGGGAAGGCGGUCCUAUCCGCUGUAACCGCUGUAAGGCCUACAUGUGUCCCUACAUGCAGUUCAUCGAGGCCGGACGCCGCUUCCAGUGUGGCUUCUGCAGCUGUGUCACAGAGGUGCCUCCCCACUACUUCCAGCAUCUGGACCACACAGGGAAGAGGGUGGACUGCUACGAUCGGCCAGAGCUCUCUCAGGGCAGCUACGAGUUUGUGGCCACCGUCGACUACUGUAAGAACAAUAAGCUCCCCCAGCCCCCGUCGUUCAUCUUCUUCAUCGAUGUGUCUUACAACGCAGUGAAGAGCGGCAUGGUUAACAUCGUCUGUCAGGAGCUCAAGACUCUACUGGACUACCUGCCCAGGGAGAACCCAGAGGAAGACUCGGUGGUGCGUGUGGGUUUUGUGACCUACAACAAGGUGUUACACUUCUACAACGUCAAGUCCAGCCUGGCCCAGCCCCAGAUGAUGGUGGUCAGUGACGUCAGUGACAUGUUCCUCCCUCUGCUCGACGGCUUCCUGGUCAGCGUAAACGACAGCCGGAUGGUCAUCGAGAGUUUGCUAGACCAGAUUCCGGAGAUGUUUGCAGACACCAGGGAGACUGAGACGGUGUUUGGACCAGUCAUCCAGGCAGGACUGGAGGCACUGAAGGCUGCAGACUGUGCUGGGAAGCUAUUUGUGUUCCACUCCACUCUGCCCAUCGCUGAGGCUCCUGGGAAACUGAAGAAUAGAGAGGACAAGAAACUAGUGGGAACAGACAAGGAGAAGUCUCUGUUCCAGCCCCAGUCUGGUUUCUAUAGUAACCUCUCUAAGGAGUGUGUAGCACAGGGCUGCUGUGUCGACCUCUUCCUGUUUCCCAACCAGUACGUGGACGUGGCAACGCUUGGCGUGGUGCCCGUCUCCACCGGGGGUUCCGUCUACAAAUACACCUACUUCCAGGCCGAGACGGACCGUGAGCGGUUCCUGAAUGAUCUGCGGAGAGACGUUCAGAAGCCGAUGGGCUUCGAUGCUGUCAUGAGGGUCCGAACCAGCACAGGCAUCAGAGCGACAGAUUUCUUCGGCUCGUUCUUUAUGAGCAAUACGACAGACGUGGAGCUGGCAGGGUUGGACUGUGACAAGACCGUGACCGUGGAAUUCCGCCACGAUGACAAGCUCAGCGAGGACACCGGGGCGCUCAUGCAGUGCGCGGUGUUGUACACCAGCUGUAGUGGUCAGCGGCGUCUGCGGGUCCACAACAUGGCGGUCAACUGCUGCUCCCAGCUCGCCGACCUCUACCGGAACUGCGAGACGGACACAAUCAUCAACUUCUUCUCCAAGUAUGCGUACCGCAGCAUAUUGAACACCCCCACCAAGACGGUGAGAGACACCAUGGUGAACCAGUGUGCCCAGAUUCUGGCCUGCUACCGCAAGAACUGUGCCAGCCCCUCGUCUGCCGGACAGCUGAUCCUACCAGAGUGUAUGAAGCUGCUGCCGGUCUAUCUGAACUGUGUGUUGAAGAGUGACGUGCUGCAGCCGGGAGCUGACAUCUCAUUGGACGACAGAGCCUACCUGAGACAGCUGCUCAGCUGUAUGGACGUAUCAGAGAGCCACAUCUUCUUCUAUCCCCGCCUACUGCCCCUGGUGAAGUUGGAUGGAGGGUCGUUGCCAAUGGCCGUGCGUAACUCAGAGGAGCGCCUGUCGAAGGGCGGAGUCUACCUCCUGGAGACAGGGCUCCACCUCUUCCUGUGGGUGGGAGCCAAUGCUCAGCAGGAGCUGCUUAGCAACAUCUUUGGAACGCCCACCUUCAGCCAGAUAGACCCCAACAUGACGAGUCUGCCGGAGCUGGACAACCCGUUCUCCCAGAGACUCCGAGAGAUCAUCGACUCCUUCAGAUCACAACGGUCACGAUACAUGAAGUUGAUGGUGGUGAAGCAGGAGGACAAGGCGGAGCUAAUCUUUAAGCACUUCCUGUGUGAGGACAAGGGCACCAGCGGAGGAGCUUCCUACGUCGACUUCCUGUGUCACAUGCACAAGGAGAUCCGCCAGCUACUCAGCUAGGACCCUGAUUUCUGACCCUUCAAACCUGACUCCGGCACCUCUCAACCCCCCCCUUGAUGCGCUUUAUCUUUUAUUUACCUAAUAAACUUAACCCCUCCCCCUCUGUCAGCGAGAGGCCGGAGACAUAUACAAAGCCUCGUGGCAGAUUCCGUGUGUGUGUCCUCAUACGACUCUACUAUUCCAAACGUCAAGCUCUAAAACAGCUGGAGCUGAUCCACUGGCCAAUGGAGGUUGUGUGUGUGUGUGUGUGUGUGUGUGUGUGUGUGUGUGUGUGUGUGUGUGUGUGUGUGUGUGUGUGGGAGAGAGUUGCUGUUGAUUGUAGUAGGUGUUCUGUCUAACACUAGCACUGAAAGGCUGUUGUGGGUGUACCGGCCGCUGGUAGAAACUCACUCUUUUUGUAUGAUUCAGACCCAGUAGAGCUGAAGAUGACAAACUAUACAUGACAUGAAAUAAAUGUUUUUUUUUUCCAUCUCUAGAAUUAUUUUUCUAUUUGUCUUAUUCGCUCUCCCUCAGACAUGGCCUUGUGUGUGUGUGUGUGCGCACGCUCUCUGUGACUUACUACUGAGGCAAUAGGAGAUAGGGAGAAGUAUAUAGAGAUAAUCUGUGAUUGAGGUUAAACUCCCAAUAAAAGUCUAUGCAUCUAAUCAUCCAGAGGCGAGGGGUUUGAACGUUCAACCAGCGUGGGGGUCCCACUAUGAGUCACACAGUAUAGACUGUUUGGUUGAGGUGUGUGUGUCAUGUUGUUUAUUAACGUGUGUAUCAGCUCGACAUGAUGCCUGUUUGUCUUCCUGUCUGUGAAGGGAAGGAGUGACUGGCUGUGCUUCUCAAAACUGAGGUCAGUCAGAGAAAGAGUGAUGAGAAUAAUGGUGGGUCGCAUGGUCAUGUUCAGUAGGCACGAAACAGGAGAAAACUAUUUGAAACAGGGAAGUACUUUUGUUUUGGUUUCCGUAGCAGAAUGUUUUUGCUACGUUGUACCUUGCUGAACACGACCCUGUGCUCUACAUACAGCUGUGUCUGAGUUGUCCCACACUGCGGACUGUCUGCUAUAGAACCUCAGUUCAUAUUUACACAUAUAACCUACGUCUAUAACCUGUACAGAAUUAAAUCCUCCGUUUUAAACACUUGUGUCAAAUGCUGUGGUUUGUCAGUCCUACCCCGUCGCUGCCGCUCACACAAAAGCAGUCCUGCUUUUUGUUCCGUCUAGGUGUGCAGCUUAGUCUGUGUGUGUGAGGGGUUCUGGAGGCAGAUCCUGGUGAAUUUCUCUAAACUAAAGGAAAAGAGGGAUCUGUCGCUACAUACGGACUUUUGCAUUUAUUUUCGCUCUCAUGUCUUAACACAGUGUUGGUGUGCUGCCACUUUCUCUGACCCAUCUCUCUGUUGAAUGGACCUUCUUUCUGACUGACCGUGAUCUUAAGUUUUCCUUCUCUGUGUUUUUGUCAUUGCCUCCUGGACUGUUAAUAAAGUUAUUGAAUCACCAUG